UAGCAAGACCUGUACCCUGUACAAACACUGACAUUCGACUCAUUUGACCGACGAAUCGUUUCGUGAGUGCGAUAAUAAGAUUGUAUGUUGAUUUUAAAAUAAUAUAUUUCACACGGAAAAUGUCGAACAAAACUCUUCUUGAAGUUGACGACUCGAUCUUGAGGAAUAAUUUGCUACUGACGGAGAAAAAAUCGGAAGAACAAGAGUUUGAUGAUUUGCUUCGGAAGUUUGAAAAACCUGAACCACCUUCCUUGACUUUUUGUCCGUUGCCAGGUGCUUGUAUCAAAUGCAAAACGGACACCGGGGAAAAAGUAUUUUUAAACAUAUGUCACACAACCAAAAUACCUCCCCCAGAAGAUUUGUCCGAAGAACAAUUAUUCAAUGUCAUAGAAAAAGAAGAAACAAGCUGGAGCAUUCCCAUGAGUAUCGGCCAUGAAAGAUUCGAAAAAAAUAAAGAAGGAAUAAAGUGUCUUACUUACGACAUAGCCUUAAAUACAAAACACUUUGAAAAAUGUCAGUCUCAAAAAGCUAUGUGGACAUUUACCAUUGUCACCAUAAUCUCAGGGGUCAGUGAGAAACACAACAGAAAUAUACAAUCCGAGUUCAAGAUUUUGAAAAACCGUAAGGUUAUGGGUAAAUUGCACGAUCAUAGAGUUCAGAAACGUGAAGCAAAAAAGCCAGUUAUGACAAAACCAUUGAUAGAAGAGAUCCAGAAUACCUCAGGAUUGAAAAAAAUUCAAGCAGAAAUACCUGAAAAAGAAAAUAUGAAUUCCAAUGACCCUCAGUACAUUUUGCUUCGUAAACCAAAGGAUGGAAAAGUAGAACAGCUGAUUGGUUACUUCAAGCUUCCUAGUCGGCUUCGAAUCAAGGACAUAAGGGUUGACGUUUUUGAGGAUCGCAUCAUCGUCGAAGCUCCAAGAACGAAUUAUCUCGUUGAUGUUUUUGUACCUUAUACAUUGGAUCAGGAAAAAGUAACUGCAGCCAUGGAUCAAAAUAUAAACGUAUUGCGUCUGAUCAUUUCGGUUAUGUGAGGAUUACUCUACACAUCUGAGAAACGUCGAAGAAAUUAUCAAGUCAAUAACAAAAAAGUAUGAUUUAUCUGUGCGUUCUUGUGUACGUUGUUCCUUUCAUAUCAACAACUGUAGGCUAUAAUAAAUAAUUUAUAGAGGA